GUCAAUGGGAUGUAACUGGGCCGAGUAUUCGGAAACCUACAUGGCAAUGACAGAGACGCCUUGCCUCUUCUGGCCACACAUCUGCCCUGCUACCUUCCAGCUGUUUGAGAACCUACAGCCUGACCUCCCUGUCUACAGUCGCAGGCUGCGUGGAGCUCCAGCUUGGACUUGACCUCCAUGGAUCCAGUCCAGAAUUGGAGACCAGGGUUUGCUGCUGACGCCUCCCUGAUGGCCAUGGCAGAGACUUCCGCGGACAGCAGGGCCGCCUCUCAGCCUCCCUCCACAGAGCAGCUCAUGAGGGGCCUGGGGAACAUGAACCCCGGUGCCGGCGCUGAUCUGCCUGUGCCGCUGCCGGCGGGGCUGCGGCUGCAGCAGCAGUACAGGGAGGCGAAGACCCAGCAGAGGCGGUACGAAAGGCUGCCGCUCCCCCAGGGCAAGAAAGAGCUCCUGGGGCACAUAAGACGGAGGCACCGCGACCACAGGGCACCUUAUCCGGCCUCACAGGAAGCAAAAAUCUCUCCCCCGGGUGACAGAGCUCAGAAUCGGUUCCACUGUGAAUGUCGCUACUGCCAGAGCCAUGGGCCGAGUACGUCCGGAUUCUCUGGGGAGAGGGGUGGGGCCUCGUGGGAGACCCUAGUGCAGGGCUUCAGUGGCUUGAGCCUCAGCCUGGGGACCAGUCAGCCUGGCGUUCUGCCUGGGGGGCCCCUGCAGCAGCAGCAGGAGGAGGAGGAGGAGGAGCGAGAGGAGACGUGCCAGGCAGAGAGGCAGCAGGAAAGCAAGAGAAUGUUCCAGAGGCUGCUGAGACAGUGGCUAGAUGAGAAAUGAGGCGAUCAUCCUCACGGGACGGGAACCUGAAAGGGUCCAGUCAUAGAAGCUGUCCUGCCAGGCCUGGGUAUGGGUCCUCCUUGGGGACCAAGCAAGGGGCCACGGUGGGAGGGGACCAAGACCGGUGUUG